AUGCCCGACCUCAGCGUAGGGUGGGAACAGCGCGGCUGCUCCUCGGGCGGGGCGGGCCGGCGCGAGGCCGGAGCGGCCCCGAGGCCGGACGGCCGCCGGGGGCCGACGGGGGCGCCCGAGAGCACCGCGGGCCUCGAAGCUCGAAGCCGACUCGAGGUCGAUGCUUCUCCCCCAGAGCAGGCCAGCGAGGGCCGCGUCGCGAUCGCCGUCGCCGCGGCGCGCGCGGUCACCGUCGCCGAGGCGGAGGUGGUCGUGGGGACGCCGCUGAAUACCGGGGAGCCGACGUGGCAAGCGGUGAUACUGAUCGCGCGGGACGGCCAGCACGCCAUGAACCACUCCGGGAAUGUGCGGACCAUCGCCUUCCGUGGCCCGUCCAGACAGAGCAAAGACGCUGCCAUGAAGGACGCGCAGCAGUUCGACGAUGCGGCACCGGAAGGCCAAAAAGGCGUGCGCUUGGUCGCGCAGGCCCUCCAGAAGACGAAGAAGGGCGGCAGCCAUGCCGACGAUCCCAACCACUAA